AUGCUGAAGCAGUUCAGGGUUCAUUGGUUGGUGUUUAUUGAAGUGAAGCGUCCCACUGCAGUUUGUCCCUCCACCUCUCCAGCCUGUAACAUGAAGCCCUGGAAUUCAGAGGCAUUUCCAGCUGCCCGCAGGAACAUAUAUAAAAUCCUGUUCUUCCUGAUAUUCGUCAGACUGUGUCACUUACUGGAAACGUUGCUGUUGGGUUUGGUGAAGAUGUAUAUACAGUUUGUCCUCCUGGUUUUUGUCCUGAAUCUUCAGGCUGUAACUGCAUACCCUCAUGGACGGGUUAGUGGUGUGUGUUCAUCUAUGGUUCCAGGACAUAAUGGGACUUACUCGUCGACUAACUUAGAUUCUCCAUAUACUGUAACCUCAGAUGUCUUAUACUACACUGAUGGGCAGGUGAUCACAGUGACACUACAAGGGAAUAACACUGAGUUUAGGGGCUUUCUUCUUCAGGCCAGAAAUGGGAUGGAACCAGUAGGAACUUUUACAAUCGUUGGAAACAGUUCUCAAUUACUCAACUGUGGAACGGAGGGCUCAGCAGUCAGUCAUAACUCAAGUACAUUAAAAUCAACAGUUGUGGCUCAGUGGAACGCUCCUAACAUUAACAACACGGAUAUUCAGUUCAGGGCAACUUUUGUCCAGAAUUUCUCUGUCUAUUGGGUUGGUGUUGCAAGUCCUCUUAUUAGAUACCUGGCCACAGAUCCUCUAAAUUCAACAAUCUUCCCACCAAAUUCAACAGGCCUCCCCCCAAAUCCAACAGGCCUCCCACCAAAUCCAACAGACCUCCCACCAAAUUCAACGAGCCUUCCACCAAACUCAACAGUUUUUCCACCAAAUUCAACAGUCCUUCCACCGAAUUCAACAGUUUCCACAACCCAUACGACAGUUCUGUCACCAGCCACCACAAAACGCAACAGCAGUCCAUCAGUGUCUGUCACCAUGUGUCUUCUUCUUCUGCCUCUGCUGGCAAUAUUUUAAAACUGGAAAAAACUUUACAAAAUCAGCUUUAAAAAAAACACUUCACUAUCAAUGAUAUUAUUUUAAAGGUGCCAUUUAAACAAUGAAAGUCUUGACAUACCUAGGCAUGGCUGAAUAAUCAGACUUCAGUACAUGCUGAAAUGACUUGCUGUGAUCCUCAAACACCAAUGUUUUUCCUUUUCUAAUGUAUAUCCUGUGAGUGUAAAAUCUCCUAUAAGGUUAAAAACAGGGCAUUCGGAACAAAUCACAAACUCUGACGCUCCACACAGGAUCAUUGAUGUGCUCGUCCCAGGUUGCAUUUGAUUGACCACAAUAUUUCCUAGUGAGAUUACAACAAAGAUAUUUUCUCACUUAAUUUUAAGUCUAUCUAAGCUUAUAUUAAACAUGCUAUGUGUGUGGCACAAGAUACGCGUAACUGGAGAGGCAGAGGGACUAAAAAGGGGCAGUUUUGUGAAGCAGGCAGCAACCACAGAAUGUUCCCAACUUGUCAUAGCACAAAAUGCAGGAUAUACAGAUUGUCAAUUUAUUCAGUGCUAGUUUGAGGUCUGUUUUGAUGUAUAUUUUUUAUUUUUAACAUGUAUAUUGUGAAAUUUCUUGUGUAUGUUUGUGAUGAGGCAAUGCACACAUGUAAACUUUUGAGUAUAAGUGUUUAAUGUACUGUACGUUUAUAUCAUAUCACUCAGCUUUUGUGAGUGCUCUUUUGAGUGGAAGGACGCCAAAACUUUACAACUUUAGAAAAGUCAUGUGUUUAGGUAGAGGUUAAUAUUAAUUUAUUUAAUAUACAACUCUUAAUACAUCUCUGUCUGUCCCUUUUGUUAAGUUGUAUUGUAAUGAGCCGAUAACUCAGGAGAAAGGCUACUAUAGUUUCAUAAAAGUGUCUCACUCAUUUUUUUCAGCUAGUAAGUUUUUUAAAAUCUUUUUGACAAAUCAAGUGUGAUUAUUUUGCAUGUGUGUAUUUCAGAGUACAUCACAGUGUAUUUGAGCAGGCGGUAGCUAUGUUUCCAUCCAAAGAUGCAAAUAAAAGACAUGCCUAAUAAAGCAGCAUUUCCAAUCAGUCAAAGAGAAAAAAAAUUGUCCCUUCCUGAUUAACUGGCACCAAAUAUCAACAGUAUGAGAAGCUGUGUGAAUCUUUUUUUUAUUUAAUAAACGACUUUCACCUCAGAAGACAGUAUGCUGACACGUAAUGAACACGUGGUGGCGUUUGAAGGUGUCAGACACGGAGGACAGAUGCGCUUGACAGUUCUGGAGGUAAUUAAUAAUAUCAUAACACUAAUACUGAAAUAAUCAGAAUGACCAAAAUAACAUUUCAGAUGUUUUGCAAUGUGCUCAGCCUCCUGGUUUGUCCAUUCAUGCACAUCACAUGAUCUCUCUCUUAUAAUGUGCUUACUGGAAUGUAAAAUUGUUUCCAUCAUAGUUUAUGCACAUCUUUUCAUAUCAAAUUAAAACUUUAUCCAACUCAGUUAUGCGCUCAGUUAUGUUUUUUUAUGCGCAAAUCCAAAAUGUGCAUAAAAAGAGGUGGAUGGAAACAUAGCUAUUGACACAAGAUGGAGCAUCAGUGCAGAGCUCAUUAAUAUUCACAACCAUUCCAAAUAUGGUCAAAAGUAAGCUUGUCAUUCUAGGGGUAAUUUUAUAAAUUUAUAAAUGAGCAUAUAAAACCAAAAUUUCUGGAGAAUGUUUGAACUUACCUAAGCCACAUUCCUACUUUGCAGAUAUCAGAGAACAAUUUAACUCGUUGAUUCAAUGCAGUAAAUGGCACCUUUAAAUUUUAUACUGGGCUUGGGUAAAAUAUGGACAAAUUCAACAGUUGGGUUUGAGAUACGGUAAAAAUAUAUUAAAAAUAACUCAGGAGAUGUUUAUUAUAUAUAUUUUACUCAAAUUGGAUGUCAAAUUUGUUUUGAAACAAAGCUAAAACAACCCUUUUCUAUGGUCAGGGCCAUUAUAGCAAGUAAUAAUUCAUUUUAUAGCUGUUCUAACACAAAAUGUCAUUGUUCUGUUAUAUUUAUAUGUAGUGUAUAUAAUAAAACCUGAAUGAAAUAAAUGUAUUUGUAUCUCA